AUGCCUGUGUCAUUCUCGUCCAACGAGGACGCGCCCACGCACAAUAACAACAACGAUCAAGUCCGUCCGACUGGCAGCGCUGGUACUGCCUCCCUCGAAGCUCUAUCUACUAUCCAGCAAACCGGACGCACAGCAGGAUUUGGUGCGGUUGUCGAUGCCCCCGGCUCGCAGCGCGCGAAUGCCGUUGAUAUAGACAACGCGCCUAGUGCGCGCCAGUUGACCAAGGCCGAGGCGGAUCGAUUGUAUGAAGAGAAUAUCGAGGAGGAAUAUGCGAAGAGGGAGGGGGGUGCUUAG